AUGGCUUGUUGUGCAUUAUUCUCUAAGUAUUUCCUCGCCGCUCUAAACUUAAUAUGGUUUAUUGGUCUUAUAGUUAUUGGUGUUUUAAUGGGAGUCUUCUGGAAGAAGAUUGAUCUCAACAGCUAUCUCAAACUCAUUGGUUAUAAAUACGUUCCGUUUCUUCUCAUAGUAGUUACAAUUAUAGUAAUGGUUUUCGCCGUUAUAUUUGGAUUUUGCUUCUUCUGUACAAAUUCCAAAUGCUUACGUUUAACAUACUCGAAUUUACUUGUUCUUAUCUUCCUUCUUCAAAUUGCCUCAGUCGCUAUUUUCUUCGUUUUCAAGCAAAGAACCGAAGUUGACAUCAGUUCAAGAUGGAGUGCACCAAAUUUCGCAGAUAUAGUGAAAGGUAUCGAAAAGAAACUCGUCUGCUGUGGAUUUGCAGAUACAACUCAAGAAGAUGCAAGUAGAUGUGCAAGUAACAACGUUACAAAUUAUGACUCUUCCUGCGAAACCAAAAUUGUCGCUCAGAUAACAAAGUAUAAAGCAUAUGUUAUUGUUGGUAUAGUACUCUUAAUUUUACUUCAAAUCGCUCUAAUAGUCCUGGCAUUUAUUUAUGCCUGUGCAACAGAUGAAGAUUUAGGAGACGAAGGCGAUGAUUUUGAUGAUUCAGAAGAUGAAUACUUUACUGACUAA